AGCAUUUCUGAACAUCAGGCUGCAACUGUCCCAUUUGGCAGUUAUGCAGCUAAUAGAGAUUAAUAAUACAGAUUUUAAGCAUGAUAUAGAUGUUCUGUUCUGCUUUCCUAACCACAACUUCUCUUGCAGAAAGGAGCUCCACACUCCAACCAACCUGCUCAUCCUCUCUCUGGCUGCGGCAGAUCUUCUCGUGGGAUUGUUUGUUAUGCCUGUGGACGUAAUGCAGUUAAUGGAUUCCUGCUGGUAUCUUGGGAAGGUGGCAUGCUGUAUUCUUGAUUUGAUCAAUUAUAUCUCAAUGUCCGGAUCUCUCUGUAGUCUGACUUUCAUUGCAAUUGAUCGGUACAUUGCUGUCUGUGACCCUCUGCUUUAUUCUACUAGAGUCACAGUUUGUAAAACAUCUCUGUUCAUAAUUCUAGGUUGGUCUUUAGGUGCAUUGUAUGCUAUCCUGUUUUCCUACUUUAAUGAUCAUCUUCUUCCCUCUCAGAUGUCAAUUAGCUGUUAUGGGGAGUGUGUAAUGGUAAUGAAGUACUCCUGGUUGAUUGUUGACAUUGUAGUCUCAUUUAUAACCCCUUGUUCUGUCAUACUUGUUACGUAUUUUAUCAUUUUUAAAGUGGCAAGACGUCAGGCUAAAGCUGUAAAAGCUGUAAGAAAUGGUGCCACAAACAAUCAUGGACCACAAAGUUCAAGUCCUUCUGAAACCAAAGCUGCAAAAAAAUUAGGCACAGUGAUUUUUGUUUUUAUUGCUUGUUGGAUACCAUUUUAUUUAGCUUCUUUGACACUUGAAAAUGUUACAUCAGCAUCAAUUAUUUGGACUGUAUUUGUUUGGCUGCUACAAAUAAACUCCUCUAUGAACCCAUUAAUAUAUGCCAUUUUCUACUCAUGGUUCAGAACCUCUUGUAAGUUUAUUGUAACUUGUAGAAUUUUUAAAAGUUCAUCUUCGAGAUUUAAUUUGUUUCCUGAUCCUUUUUAAUGUCAGGUUAACCACAGUGAUGGGCAGGUUUUCUUAUGUCAUUUUCUGAUAUAACCUUUUUUUCUGAUAAAUGCAUGACAUUAUAAAAAUAUGUUUGUAUUAUUCAAAUAUUUAAAUCCUGAAGAGAAUAUAAAACAAUGAUAAAUGUAUAAAUUGGUCUUAACAUUUGACUUAUUUUAAAUGUUGCAUUUUAAGUGAGUUAUAAAAGUGUGAUAGCAAUACUCAACUGAUUUUAACAACACUGUAUAAAUCAUGCAGCAUCACUAUUUAACCUCAGGUGCCCCCUAUGAAUGAAGGAGACAUCAGCCUUUACAUUAACCUCUUCUUAAUCCAUAAUAGAUUAUGCUGAAUACAAUUUUAA